AUGAGAAGUUUUUAUUCUCCACCCGUCCUCCUCGUAGCCUCCAUCUUCGUUGUCGUCCUCUCGUUACUGUCACAAUCAUCUCCCGUUACAGCCCGAUCCGUUCCGCGAAACCUGCACCUCGUGUGCGAGCCGGGAUGUCUGCACAACGGCACGUGCAAGCUGAACCCUAAGACCAAGGAACCCGAGUGCGAGUGUCAGCCGUACGAUCACGAGACGGGGCUGUACUUCCGCGGGAAAUCGUGUCAAACGGAGGCCGUACGAUGCAACGGCACGUGGUGGUGCGAGAACGGCGGGAAAUGCGUCGCGAUGGGUGCUCAGGGGUUCCUCUGCUCGUGCCCUCAUAAGUUCCAGGUGCGGCUCCCUCUCCCGUACAUCGUACGUGAGUCGACUAGAACAGCGGGAUAUGCGAUUAGCGAUGGGCGCCCAGUGGUUCCUCUGCUCGUGCCCUCACAAGUUCCAGAUGAGCCGUCAGGAGAGAAAACAGGGGGCAUGAGAAAGGGUUUCUCUGCUCGUGCCCACAUCAGUUCCAGGGCUCCAAGUGUCAGACGCCUGUGUGGUGGCCUGCAGCACGGGGCUCUGACGCCUGUGGUGGCCUGCAGCACGGGGCUUUGGUGCGCCAACGGAGGCAUGUGUGUGUUCUCAGAGGAGGCCAACGCCACCAUCUGCAAGUGCCCUUCCACGCACACUGGCGCCAGCUGUCAGACGCUGGUGGAAGCUCAAGAUUUCGGUCCAUCGGAGCAGCUGCGGACCAACUUCACGUCGCCCCUCAUCAUCCCAUCCAACUCCACGCUCGACUUGAUAGUCGACGAGCGAGACAAGUACUUUCACACCUUCUUCGCCCUCCUUGGCGCUCUUGUCUUCGUGUGGGUGGUGUCUCUCUGCUUCGUGUACCACUCGCGCGAGCGCAGGCGCAGCAGCAGAGCGGUUGCUGUGUCUGCACCCCCAGUGGCGGCGCCGCCGCUGGCGGACGGGCAGCUGACGCAAGUUCCGUUAGACAACCCGGCGAGCCAGGAGCGCGCAGCCAAGGAUCAGCAGCUGCACGCCACGGAGACGAGCCUGAGGACCAAGGAGGAGGAGCUGAGGCGCAUGCAGGAGGCGGUGCAGAAGCGCGUGGCGCAGCAGGUGACGCGCGUUGAGCAGGAGGCGAAGAAGCUGGAGCAGCUGCGGAAGGAGUUGGAUACAAUAGAGGACCCGACCAAGAAGGAGGUGGCGGAUUUGAGGAAACGGAUCGAGCUGGUGGAUCGGGAGCUGAGGCCCAUGCGGGCGCUUGUGGAGAGGAAGGAGAAGGAGCUGAAGGAUGCCACCACGGCAUACAACAACAAGAAUGCACAGAAGUCAGAGCUGGUUGGGAAACUGUUCGAGAUUGUGACAGAGAGUGAGCGGCAACGGCUGGCCAAGCUGGAGGAGAUAACCUCGCUGCUGACGCAGAUGGAACGGAAAGAAGGGGGGCAGUGA